AUGGCGGAACGCGAGGCGUGGUUACGAAGCCACGGGGUGGAAAUCGAAACGGCCGAAGACCGACGGCGGAUGAACGUCGAGACGACGACGACGAAUAAAGAAGAAGACAAAGAAGAAGACUUAAAAGAAGAAAAGACGACGAAGAAACUCGUGUGCGUGAAAAUCCCAAGCGAGGACUUGAAUCCGUUCGAGGAGGUGGUUUUAGAGGUCGCGACGCAAAAACUUGGAGACGUCCUUCCGGAGCUUCUGAAACCACACUUUAUGGGCGGAGGCGAUAUCGACGUGAACUUAGCGCGCCAAGCCGCGACGAAGCAACUCGGGGAGGAAUUCGCGUCAAAAUCACAAAAUUUAGGCGUAAGUUUAGCGAAAGAGUGCGCGAUGGGAAGCACGGAGACGUUCGCGUUGGUCAGGCCGUCGGAAAAGAACGGCAGGAAAGGCGUGUACAUAUAUUUAGACGAGGUUGGUCUGUUGAAAGGGAAGGCGAAGAACGCGCGAGCGUCUUCACUGGCGGCGUCGUGCGGAUUUCCCGGGACGACGUUUCACGGAGACGUUUUUGUUGGGGCGGUGCAAACGGAGCCACAACCGAUGCGGUCGGUGGAUUUUACUUUGAAAGAGAUGGAUAGUAGCGCUUCGUGGUUGAAGUUAGCGCCGAUGGAGAACGCGGAGUACGCGAUAUCGAUGAAAGAGUUGGAGAAGGCGAUGGCGGAGAAAGGCGCCGGGGGUGGACCUGGUUUACAAAGGAUAAACAUGGGUGGUGGUGGUGGAAACGACGACGGUUCGUUACCUUCCGGCGACGGCGACGGCUACCGAUGGGAACAAACCGAAGACGGAGAGGUUGAAAUUUCCGUCUACGUCCCGGAAAACACGAGCGCGAAGACCGUCUCGGUCGGCUUCCGAGCCAAUUCCUGCGUCGUCAUAGAUAAGAGCGAAGGUAGUAAUAGCGGUAAAACUAUCCUCCAAAUCGACAACUUAUACAACAAAAUCCGUCCAGACGAGUGCACGUGGACUAUCGCCGGCGGGAGUAAGAAGAACGAAGUGUGCGUCUCGUUGGCCAAAGUCGACGCCGGCGAAACUUGGCCGCAGUUGACAACGACGACUUCUUCCAAAUGA